AUGCUCGUCUUUAUUUUUAUCAUCGCUACACUCGCGACAAAUUGUGCAGUUAGUUACGCUGCAUCCGGUUGUAAUGCAUGUCAACUCCGAGAUGAAUUCGUUGUCGAAAACGGAUACAAGUGCUUUCCACUCAAUAAUGGUCAUGUGGCUUGUACUUGUCCUGAUCAACGAUAUACUAUCGACAAACCUUGCCGUAUCUGCGAACGAAACAACAUUUGCGGUGGUCCAGAUAAUUUCUGUUCUGAAAUCUUAGGUUCCACAUCAAGUGGUCAAGACGGCGAGAUUCAUCAUUUCAGUUGUUUCUGUGCUGAUUUUUCGUUCUAUAUUGGAAAAGCUUGUCCAGCAAGCAGUACAACCACGCAAACAUCAACAAUGACUACGACAACAACAGCAGCAACUACUUCAACAACUAGCACAACAGUGAUAAUGACUAUGACAACAACAUCGAUGACUACAACAACUGACACGAUGACAAUAACGACAACAACAAUGCUAGUACCAGGAAAAAAAUAG